AUGUUCAUGGCAUCGAAGCCGCAGAUCGAGCUAGUGUACUCCAAGGUCGACUACCCGUGGUCAUCAUUCUGCUUCGAUGCAGUGCUCAAAGACUGUCCUUCACUUCAGAUGGGUUUCCGACACGACCCCCUCCUCUUCUGGGGGGAUCUGAUGACCCUGACCGUCCUUGCUCGGUCUGGGCCUCGCAUCCUCUACGACCGUGAAGUCCUGACGAUGGAAGACGGAGGAACGAUUUCCCUGGACUGGGUCUUGAGGACGGAGAACGGGAGCAUGGGUUCGCUGGGCCCUGAGCUGGCAGACUCGCAGGCCAUCCUGGUCCUCCUGCACGGGCUCUCAGGGGGUAGCGACGAGUCGUACGUCAGGUCCAUGGCCAACUUGGCGGCAGAGCAAUGUCAGUUCAGAGUGGUAGCGUACAACUUCAGAUGCUGCGGGAGCACGCCUGUGACAGCAGGUAUAACCUACUCCGCUGCAUGGACGGAGGACUUCAGGCACGUCAUCAACUACCUGCACAACAAGUACCCCAAUGCUCCUCUCUUCGCCGCCGGGUUCUCGUUGGGAGCUAACGUGCUAGUGAAGUACCUGGGGGAGGAGGGCAGCCGCUGCCCGCUCGUCGCUGCGUCUGCCGUCUCGAACCCUCUCCACUUGAUGAGUGCAAACAAGAUGUUGAGGAAAGGCCUCGGGUAUGUGUACGAUUUUGUUCUCGCCAUGGGGUUGGUCGACAAGUUCAAGCCGCUGAUCAGGUAUCUUAAGAAGUACAAGUAUCCGUAUGAGAUCAACUGGGACGCCAUCUCUCAAGUGCAGACUGUGCAAGACUUCGACGAGUGCUUCACACGGCGGAUGUUUGGUUUCGAGUCUGUCUUCGACUACUAUCGCAAAGGAAGCAGCCUACAGUUUCUCCAGGACGACAGCAUCAUCGACGUUGCCUCAAUGGACAAGCAGCUCAUCCUCAGGAACCCCAACCUCGUCCUCGCGCUGACCAAGAGAGGAGGGCACGUAGCCUGGCACGAGUCUCUACAUCCUUCUAAGCCGCAGUGGGGAGAUCGAUCCACUCUGGAGUUCUUCUGUGCGAUCUUUCAUCAUAGAAUGGCCUUAGGGAUGCCUCAGCCGACGAGACGGUAG